AAACCUCUUCUCUUCCACUCUCCUCUCCUCUCCUCUCUCUCUUUAAAAACACAGUGAGCUUCGCCGUUAAAUUUCUCCGGCACCGGAAAAUUGAUAAACGAGGAUAACAUAAAAAUCACUGCAUACUUCUCUUCUCUCUCUGUGUUCGUGAUGCUUGUUACGGCGGCGACGCGACGGUUAGUGUAUUGCCGGAGAUAUCAAGAACCGCGGUUGUGACCGGACGAUUAAUUUUUUUUUUUUAAUUGUGUUUCGAAUUUUGGAAGAGAUGGAAGGACAGGCGAAGCUGACGAGGACGCAGUCAUCGCUGCUCCGGUCAUCGUCGACGGUGCGAUCGUCUUUUCUUAGCUUAAACGGAGAUUUCAGCGAAGUCACUCACCAGAAACAGGAUCUAGAAGCCGGAGAGAAAGAAGAGAAACAGAGGAGAAAACCGCCUAAACCAUUCGGGUCAAGUCCUCGAACCGGGCUAAACCGGAUCAAUCCGGGUCUAGCCUUCACCAUGGUGUCUCUCUCGUUCCUCAGCCUCUCGUCUUUCUUCUUCUUCGUCGUGUUCUCCCAAACCGAGGAGCUUCUUACCUCCGAAAACCUCCUCCUAGCUCUGAUCUUUGUCGCCGUCGCUCUGUUCUUCGCCUCCAAGAACAUCGCGCGUCUCAACCGAACCGUACUCGCAGUCAAACAAAUCUGCGACGAAACCACCAGAAGCUUAGGCUUUCAGAGCAAGAACCGGUCUAAAUCGGUACAGUGGUACAUCGGCGAUUCCGAUACCAAACCGGAGAAGAAAACCAAACGGCUAGUUAAAGAAGGCGUGCAAUUCUACAGCAAUGGAGAUUUCUACGAAGGAGAGUUUCACAAAGGGAAGUGUAAUGGCAGUGGUGUGUACUACUACUUCGCGAGAGGACGGUACGAAGGUGAUUGGGUCGAUGGGAGAUACGAUGGUCAUGGGAUCGAGAGCUGGGCUAGAGGGAGUAGAUACAAAGGUCAGUAUAGGCAAGGUCUUAGACAUGGUUACGGAGUUUAUAGAUUCUACACUGGUGAUUGUUAUACUGGUGAGUGGCUAAAUGGUCAAAGCCAUGGGUUUGGUGUUCAGUCUUGUGCUGAUGGUAGCUCUUAUGUUGGUGAAUCAAGAUUUGGUGUCAAGCAUGGGCUUGGAUCUUACCAUUUCAGAAAUGGAGAUUGUUAUGCAGGAGAGUACUUUGGAGACAAGAUUCAUGGGUUUGGUGUGUAUCGUUUUGCUAAUGGUCAUUGUUACGAAGGGGCGUGGCAUGAAGGUCGUAAGCAAGGGUAUGGUGCUUACUCGUUUAGAUCCGGUGAUGCUAAAUCUGGUGAGUGGGAUUCAGGGAGUCUUGUAACUUCUCUACACCCUACGAGCGAGCCGGUUCGCAGAGCGGUUCAGGCUGCUAGAGAAACGGCUAAGAAGGCAGUGAACCGGAGACGAGUAGAUGAACAAGUGAGUCGAGCCGUGGCUGCAGCUAAUAAAGCUGCAACGGCUGCAAGAGUGGCUGCUGUUAAAGCCGUUCAGAAUCAGAUGGAUGGUAAAUUUUGUCAAAGUUGAAACAUUUGGGUGAAAGAAAGAAAAAUUGUAAAUCUUUUUUUUUGGUUUGAUGUUGAUUUCGGUUUUGUUACCGGUUUUCUUUGUAACCCUGAUUGAGCUAAAAGAAAUGGAAAAGCUUGUUUCAGAGGUU